GCGAUAUGUUGACAAGCGUUUGUUUUAUUAAUCUUUUGAUUUUUGAUUUGCUAAUAUUGCCGAUUUUGAAUUUUGGCAUCAAUGCACAAGCAAAAAUUGGAGAUUGUAGUUUUCCAGAAUCAGAAAAAGUUUGCUGUAAUAAUUAUCACGAUGUUAACGGUGUUUGUAUGAAAUGUCCAGACGGUUCAUAUGGUGAAAAUUGUACGGAAACUUGUCCAGAUGGGUGGUAUGGAGAGUUAUGUUCACAGGAAUGUGAAUGCAAAAUGAAUCAACAAUGCAAUUUUAUGUUUGGAUGUUUAGAGCAAGAUUUAGAACCGCAAUUCACUUUCUCCACUUUCACCCUCCUGAAGAUAUCAGCGGGCUUCUUGAUCAUUAUUAGUAUUGUAAUAGGUGUCACCGUGUGUGUUGUAAAAAGAGGACUGCAUGAUGAAAAUUAGAGAAAAAAAUGAGUUCGACAAGAUAUCUUGGAUAUAUAAGACCCUGCUGGACCAGGUUGUUAUCCUAGAAGAUGACCAAAAGUACUCAUAUUUUACUAGAAGCUAACACUUCGAUCACCUCAGAGAUGUGGUAUGGAAUUUGUUUGCCAAUUGCCGAAGUUAUUACCAUAAGUUAACAAAGAUGCAAAGCUUAUAUAGAGAAGUGAAAAGGGAAUGCAUUUAAGUAAAAUGAUUUGUUCCAUCAACUAAAAAUGAUGAAUUUUAUUUAGACUUUCAUGACAGAAAAUCAACUUUGGUCAAAAGUACCUGUAUAUGUUUUUGAGUGUGGAAUAUUUACAAGCAUGCUAUGUUAUGUGUUUCAGGUAAAUUUCAAGAACAUUUCCCCACUCUACAUUCAUAAUCAGAUGACCAAGUUUCUCCUGGCUUACCCAAGACAUAUUGGCAAGAAACAGAAAUUCUUUUUUUUAAUUUAAAAAAGCAGGAAUUUAGUAAGAUGGCUCUCAUGGAUGCCUAUGAUAAAUAACAGCUGUUUAUAAAUUUAUUGAAAAAAUUGUAAAUACAUUUGUAAUUUGUACUUAGAUAAUACAGAUGACUGUACAUUGAUAUGAUAAGGUUGAUUCUAAAAAAAUACUGUACAUUGUACAUCUGUUGUAAAUUUUAAAAAGUAAUUACAUGUAACAAUUAUAAAAGAAUUUUUAAGCAGAUAGAUGGUAAAACUUCAGAUUUUCAGUUACUUCUUUCAUUAUUCAAAAAAAAAUAUUUUUGUAGAGAAUAGCAGAAUGUUGUAAAUGUUGAAAGUGAAUUCGUAAAUAUUUGAAUUGUAAUUUAUAUUUUUUCCAUGUAUUUGUCAAUUGAGUAGAUUUAUGUUGCCAUUUGCAAAUUACCUGUGUGCUAGUUUUAUUUUUGUUUUCAAAAUUAAACUGUUAUGGUCAAUAUCAAAUUUGGUUGGACAUUUUUGUAACUUCCAUUUGAAAAAGUAUUUUUAUUUGGAAUGUAGGUAAACUUGUUUAUAUAUAUUUGCCAUGAUAGAUGUUGGCAAUUUAAAGCAAUAUGAGCUGCAAUUUUCAUGUUGAAUUUUUUUUCUCAAGAAAAUGUUAUUUUGAACUAAAAUGACAAAAAAUAUCAUGGUCUUAAAAUUUCUGUUAGCUCUGUUUUGUGGGAAAAGCCAUUAAGAAGCCUUAAUUGGAGCAAAAUUAAAUUAUUGUCAUCCUGUACAAAAAAUUGAUCUGCUAUAUAUAUGUUCCUUAUUAUGGAAAUCUUUCUCCUGACAAAAAUUAAUGAUUUUUUUCAAUUUUAUCAUAAAAGUUUAAGUUACAGGCAGACUUAUCAUACUAGCAUGUUUUUGCAGCAAAAUAAAUUUUUUGGAAAUUUUAUAAAUCUUAUAUGUUUGUUUUCUUUCAAUUAA